GACGCGCCUGCGCAGUCGCGCUUCCUUAGGCUGCAGCCAUGGCGGGGCAAGAGGAUCCCGUGCAGCGGGAGAUUCACCAGGACUGGGCGAACCGGGAGUACAUUGAGGUCAUCACCAGCAGCAUCAAGAAAAUCGCAGACUUUCUCAACUCGUUCGAUAUGUCUUGUCGUUCAAGACUCGCAACACUAAACGAGAAAUUGACAGCUCUUGAACGGAGAAUAGAGUACAUUGAAGCAAGGGUGACAAAAGGUGAGACCCUCACCUAGAACUGUGCCAUGCUGCUGCUGGGAAGUUGCUUUUACAGAACGCAGACCCUCGUGGGAAAGGCCCCAGCAGCCUUCAGCUCCUUCCUGUCUCCUUAAAGAGCAACAGGGCUUAUUCUUGUUUUUCUUUUUUUCAAAAAUGUGGCCUUUGGGCUCUGCCAUGUACACCCAGCAGUGUGAUGUGGCGUGUGGGGAGGAGUCCAGGGGAACUCUCAGAAACAACAUUAGGCAUUUUACUUCUUCAGUGACACUUUGUAGCACUACUUGUCAACAUGUUUGAGGCGCUAAGAGCCAAAAGCUGAGACUCUGUCAAGGUCCUCCCCGCCUCUCUCUUUCUCUCUCUCUCAGCCUUUCCUUGCAGCUCUCAUUGCCUCUGCAUUGAUUCUAUAAACGGUCUUUGUCUCCUCCCCACCUUUGGCCGGGGGUCAGAAGCAGUCCUGGCUGAGGUGCCCUGGCGAGGUGGCUGCCAGAGAGUGUUGUUGCUAACCCACCAGUUUCUUGUCCUUUUGGGGAGGUCAAGUCCAGGCCCCCACUUGGCUUGAAAAGGGACGUUUUCAGAGUUUUCUUUCUCUCACUUGGGGUGUCUUUAUCUCUCAUAUUUCCCUAAUAAACUCCUCAACUUUA